AUGAAUUCCAACAAACGUGAGGAAGAGGACGACCUCUUCCUCCCUCACCCUCCCGAUCUGUCUCCUCCGCCGCCACCUCUGACGGACCCUUCCUCCUCCUCCUUCUCCCUCCUCUUCCCCUCCUCCCCGUCCUCCUCUCACUCCUCCCCCUCCCCUCCCUCCAAACCCCUCUUCAUCUCCCCGGACCCCCACAUCUCCUCUCAGUUCUACACCUUCACUCCAUCCUCUCACGCCCUCAUGCUCCGGUCCCUCCUCCUCCGCCGCCUACCCUCCCCCUCCGACAUCCGCGCCGCCACCCCGCGCUCCGUCCUCGCCUCCUGGCGCACCGUCUGGAAGGACCGGAACGAGGACACCGCCUACCUCACCGCCUGGAAACGCAUCCAAGACAAACUCACCACCCACCACGACCCCUCCACCAACUCCCACUUCCUCUGCUUCAAAAAUAACCCUCACCAAUUCGUCCCCCACGUGGAACAAUGGCAGCACAUCGUCAUGUCCCACCACGCUGACACUGACCUCAACCACCUAAACCUCAAAGACACCCUCGAACGCAUCAAGCAACACUGGACCGUUGGGGCCAAGUUCUACGGCAUCCCGGAGAGCUUCAUCCGCGUCUGCGUCGCUGCCUGCCCCGCCUGCUGCGCGGCGGAGGGUUCUGCCGAGCCCUCCUCCGCCCGCGGCAAGCGUCGCCGUUUCGAGUACACUGAGAGCUUCGAUGUCCCCGCAAGGGAAGUCCCCUCAAGGCUCCAGCAGCUUGCGACAAAGCACAAGGUUGUGCUUUGCAUUAGACAGAAGUAUAUUAGGUAUAAGCCUUUCAUGGCUGAGGUAAAGGACUAUGCUUGCCAUAGGGCUGGUGAACCUGCUGCUAAGAAAUCUAAGGUUUUGAAGAGGGAGCCUUAUGCUUCCAAGAGGUGUGGAUGUGGGUUUAGGAUUAGGGCUAUUGUGCCUAUUGCGAAUUACAAUGAGAAGGAUAAGAGUUUUGUGUAUCAGGAAGAGGGGGUGGCAGUUUUUAAGCUUUAUGCUGUGCAUUCUGGGCAUGAGCCUGGGCCUUUGGAUGGGAAUGCCAGGAUUAUGCAUAGGGUUGUUGGGCAUAAGGGUGGUGGGUUUUUGAUGGAUCAGGAGAAUGUGUAUGGGGUGAGUGAGGAGAUAGAUGGGGAGGGAGGGUUUGGGUUGUUGGGGAAGGAGGAUGGUGGGGAUUUGCAGUUUUCAGUGCUGCAGCAGGUGCAGGAGUUGAGGACUGAGGUGGGGAUGUUGGAGGGAAAGGUUGCGAAGAUGCCGAGGGAUUUGUUGGGGGCGGUAUCGAGGGAAUUGUAUGAGGUUUUGAAUAAAGUUAGAAGUAUAGGGGAGGUGGGGUUGAAGCCAGCCGAGUUGAUUACCGAUAAGGUGGAUGAUGUUUUGGUUGGAGAUAAUGAUCUGGCUAACUGGAGUAACCAUCACGAGAGGAUUUAUGGGGAUGGCAAGGACACGGAGCUGAUUGAGGAUGAUGAGGACAGUUUUGGCCGGACCCUUGGGGAGGUGGUUUCGUGGGGGGAUCAGAUGAGGACUGAGUGCAGGAGUCAGAAGGAUCUGAUGAGUGACAGUUGUAAGCCAGAGAAGUGGCUGAAGUGCGGUGACUUUGAUGAGAAGAGCAUUCUUGAUUGUGAGGAGGAUAGUAAACUAUCCAAGCCCAUCAGGAUGAUCAGACACGACGAGGGGAUAGUUUCGGAUGUAGUAGGUCUUGGCUGUAUGCAGGUUGAUAGUUUCUACCAGGACAAUUCUAAAUGGUAUGAUUCUCCUUGUGCUUUGGAUACUGGUGCUGAUUGUGGAGAUAGUGGAUUCCGUCAUGGAGAGAUUUUAUAG